ACCGGCAACAGCAUCGUGUCACUCAGUGCAAACAAAAAACAAGUGCAUAGGGGGUUUGUCUUCAUACUGUCAUUAUGUCAUUCAAAUAUAUCAUGUUACGGAGGUAAAACGGGUCGUUAUUGAGGCAACACAAAAUCUAGUAAAGGAAGUCUUAGCAUGUUGGAUUUAAACCGUUGCAGUCUAACAAGAAACGCAACGAUUCAUAUUGCAACAUGGAACGAAAACAUCGGUGUUCAUUUUGUCGUAUCCCUUUUGAGAAUAAGUACAGUUUAAAAGGUCAUCUUUAUGUCCAUGCAAAACAACCACGCGUUCCUUGUUGUAUAUGUCCGUUAACAUUUACGCAUUAUACUCAAUUAGGAUAUCAUCUCAGAUAUAUGCAUUCAGAUUAUAUCAUCAACACGUUUGUUGAAAAUGCUGAAAGUAUUUAUAGUAAAAAUAUAACAGGCAUCACACCUGAGAUAGAAUCUGAUUCCGAAUGGGCAGACAGUUCCGAAGAAGAGACCAUAACGAGCAGUGAGGAAGAAAAUAUUUCGGAGGAAACAGAUUCUGAAAAUGCAAAAGAACCCGUUGAAAACGUUUCGAAUGAAAUACAAUACAUCUUAGCAACAAAUGUGAAUGAUGUUUCUUACAAUAAAAAUCCUGUAGGCGAAUUCGAUUCGAAAGGAGUCAAUACUAAACAUAUGGAUAGUUUAGUUGGUCAUAAUGGAAAUGUAACGAGUUGUGGUGUUUCGUUUCUUGUCGAAAUAGAAAGGGCAAAAGCAGGAACACAUGAUUUUAAUAUCACAAGAAACAUUUCUAAUUCAGAAGAUAGUUCUAAACGACACAUAUUACACCAGCAUAUGGAGCAUAUGGAGUCGGGGUUCCUCAGUGCAGACAACAGAGUGUCUUUUCAACGUCCUCUUGAUGCAAAUACAGACUAUGAUUCAAGGGAUGAAGAUACAUCUGAAAAGGCUCUUCAAAUUAUACAGCAAACCCCAUGGGCUGAUUUGGAUAGAGAAGAAAAAGGGCAACUUGAUUAUGGGGAAAUGAUAGCCAUGAUAGGCCAAGAUGGGGUUAACGAUGGUGGAGAAUUAAUAAAAAUAAAUGAAGAUCAGGAGCAAACCCCAUGGGCUGACUUGGAUAGAGAAGAGAAAGAGCAACUUGAUUAUGGGGAAAUGAUAGCCAUGAUAGGCCAAGAUGGGGUUAACGAUGGUGGAGAAUUAAUAAAAAUAAAUGAAGAUCAGGAGCUCGCAGUAGCAGACGUGGUAUAUAUUCCGGGACAAUCAGUAUGGACAGAGGCUAUCGACAUACUAAAGGCCACUUUUAUGAAAAAAAAGAAAAUAGCUAGGGUAAGAGGAAUGUUUGCUUCAACAAAUACAGUUACGUUCACAAAGUGGUUACCUGCUAAUUUUCCUGUGGAAGGUGUUAUGUGUGGUUGUGGAAGACACCUUAAAACACCUCAAUCGCUUUUAGUGCAUUUACGAAGGAAAAGCUAUGCCGACCGCAAAAAUGUUAAGUUGUUCAAAAAGGGAAUAUAAUCAAAAUAGUAUUCAUGGUUUUGGAGACGUUACAUAGCGCCAUGCAUAUCUUAUUCUUAAUACAUUAAUGACGGCUGAACAUAAACAGAAUAUCAAAGUGCAUUACAUUAACAAUUCUUUAACGAGAUUAAUACCACAGUAAAUAUGUUUCAUGUUUGACAAUAUUCAUAGACGCUUGUUCAAUUCAAAUGUCAUCACACAGUUUUAACAUAAUAAAAUGAAGGAACAAAA